AUGGCCACGGCGACGCAGCUCAUGCCCUCACCCAACACGCACAACCUCAAGUCUGCCUUUUCGCCCUAUUCCGACUCGCCCAGCUCGCCCUACCACUUUCCCCACAGAUCGUCGGCCUCCGACUCGCUGCAUCCCCCACCCUCGCCCUACCCCAUUGCCGUCGAACCAUCUCCCGUCGACAGCAACGGCACCGGCACCACGGACAUCGACGAGGAUGCGCAGGACUUUGAUGACGACGACGAGCGUGAGGUGAUGGACGACAACGACGACAUGGCAAGCCCCGCUCGCUCGCUGCCCCAGCUCGACACGGCCGCCAGGGCGCGCUCCAACUCGGACGAGGCCCCGCAGUCUGUCAUCCAUGCGCCGCCUGGCUUCCAGCAGUUUGGCUCGCGACGGAGCAUGACUUCGCCUACGCCGACCGACAGGUCAUCAAACACGACCAAUACGGUCACUUCAGCCCCAGAGCUAGCUGUAUGUUUGGUACCGGAACACGUUGGCGUACGCUUACAGAUUACACAGCGCUCUUCAGAACCUCCCCACAACAUUGACACGUCGGUGCCCGCCAAAAACGACCGCGCGACCCCGCGCGCCCAGACGAGGGAGGAGGCAGAGGAGGCGCACAAGAAGCGCAAUCGGGUUAGCAGGAGCCUUGACCUCGAAGACAUUGCCGAGACGGACGACGCGACGACGGACAAACACACCAUCGACACGGACGACGAGGACAUGGGCCAGUCGCAGACGAUCGGGCAGGCGCUGCAAGAUCUCAAUCACGCGGAGCAGGAAAUAAACGCGCUUAAGACGGCGCUGAGCGAGUGCUGGACGCUAUGCAACACAUUGGCCGGGCUGAGCUCGAUACACCGGGAGCGCAUGUUUAGCUUCUCGGGCAAAGGGGAACAAGGAGAGCAGGCGUGGAAGAGUUGCUGGCGGUUGUGCCAGAAGUUGUACGAGAGCCGCAAUGAGGACCAUGCCAGCCAAGUGCGCCCGACGCUCGAGCUGUGCCGCAGCUUCUGCCAGGCCCUCUUCGAGGCGCGCCACAUUGCCGACGAGGCGUCGGACUCUGUGCUGCGCGUGAGCUUCGAGCUCAACAACCACCUAUACAACACGCACGACCGGGCGCUGCCCGAAGCGUUCCGCGAGCGCACGCUUGACUUUUACCUGACGCUAUGCCAUCGGCUGAUGAAGCAGCGGACGGCGCUGCCGCAGGAGACGGACGCGCUGCUGCGGGCGUGCUGGUCGCUGGCCGAGAUGCUGUUCAGUCUGCGACAGAACAACCGCGACGGCAAGCCUGCCGACGAAGAGCUGCUGGGUUCGGCGGUGCAGGCGUGCUGGGAGCUGUGCGACCUGUUCCGCGAGGGCUGGACGCAGGUGCGGCCGGAUCGGGGCACGCCGCGGCCCAGCCAGGGCGGCUUCGCGGCCCCGCAGUCGCAGACGACGUGGAGUAGUGGCGGGGGACGCAGCACGCAGAGCCAGCGCGGGGGCGGAGCGGCGUCGGUGCCGCCACCAGCAUCAGAGCACGCAUCAUCGAUUGACGAGAGCUUGUACCACAGCUUCGACGACAACAGCUACCACAGCGUCAAGCUGUCCUCGUUUCCGCCCGAGACGCCGACGACCAUCUUCGACGACGUAGGGGAUGAGCCGCUGUCGGGGGAUGAAGGCGGACUGAACAGCGCGCCGAACAUCCUGGUGCUAGGGCCCGAAGGCGGAGCAACGCGGACGCACAACCGAUGGUCGAGCGCGGCGUCGACGCUGUCAGGGUACUCGGAAUCGUCGGCAGCGUCAUCAACGACGACAGCGACGCGGCGGAAAGAAGACCCGCAUCUAGUGCGCUUGAAGGGGCUGAUUCUCAAAGCGGCCAUGAACGCGGGCUUCAGUCGAGGAUUGGGGCUCACGCUGCCGCAGUUUGUGAAGGCGCUGCCGGGAGACAGUUUCGGGAGCGCGGGGUGGCAGAUGCAGCUGCUGGGGCAGUACCGGAAGCUGGUGCUUUCGGACCCGACGUUGCGAGUGCCGGCGGAGCGGCUGCUGGGUUCUGGUGGCGGAGGGAAUGGAAACGAUCAGCAGCAGCAGUUGAGGCUAGGGGCCGUGGAGGUGGCGAGGGCGGUGCAGUGGAUGGGCCGCGCGGAGCAGUUUGCUUGGUUCACGGACUUGUAUCGCCUGGUGUUUGGGUUUUUCCCGGAGGAUGCGGGAAGGGGCGGGGGCGGGGCGGUGGCCAUUGUGGUGGGUGUGUAA